AUGUAGCUUGGUGUUUGCUUGGAUUUUUCUUUUACUUUGUGCAGCUGGCUGGAACCAGCUUGGAAGGAUCAGUUUGAUACCUGUAGGCCUGGCUGCCCAGGUGUGAUAUACUGUGUGCGCUGCGCACGGCUUGGAUUGGGGAAGGAAGCACGGAUUGCUGCACAGAUACAGAAAACACAUGGUGUUUCCCAGCCAAGAUCCACUGGACCGGGCAGACUUCAAUGCUGUAGAGUACAUUAAUACUCUCUUUCCAACCGAGCAGUCUUUGGCCAACAUCGAUGAAGUGGUGAAUAAAAUCAGGCUGAAGAUAAGGAGGUUGGAUGACAACAUCCGAACUGUGGUGAGAGGCCAGACCAAUGUGGGCCAGGAUGGCAGGCAGGCUCUUGAAGAAGCCCAAAAAGCCAUUCAGCAACUCUUUGGUAAAAUUAAAGAUAUCAAAGACAAAGCUGAAAAAUCAGAGCAAAUGGUUAAAGAAAUUACACGAGAUAUCAAGCAGCUGGAUCAUGCCAAGCGCCAUCUGACCACCUCCAUCACGACCCUCAAUCACCUACACAUGCUGGCGGGCGGUGUGGAUUCACUUGAGGCAAUGACCAGGAGAAGGCAGUACGGGGAAGUUGCCAAUCUCCUGCAAGGUGUCGUGAAUGUGCUAGAGCAUUUCAACAAGUACAUGGGGAUUCCGCAGAUUCGACAGCUUUCCGAAAGGGUGAAGGCUGCCCAGAACGAACUAGGACAGCAAAUCCUGGCAGAUUUUGAAGAAGCUUUUCCUUCUCAGGGCACAAAGAGACCAGGAGGGCCCAGCAAUGUCCUCCGUGAUGCAUGUCUAGUCGCCAAUGUCCUGGAUCCCAGAAUCAAACAGGAAAUCAUCAAGAAGUUUAUUAAACAGCACCUCUCGGAAUACCUGGUACUUUUCCAGGAAAACCAAGAUGUGGCCUGGCUCGAUAAAAUCGACAGGCGCUACGCUUGGAUAAAACGCCAGCUGGUGGACUACGAGGAGAAGUAUGGCCGCAUGUUUCCCCAGGAGUGGUACAUGACGGAGCGCAUUGCCGUGGAGUUCUGUCAUGUCACAAGGACAGAGCUGGCUAAGAUCAUGCGCACAAGAGCUAAGGAGAUUGAGGUGAAGUUGCUUUUGUUCGCCAUUCAGAGAACCACCAACUUUGAAGGACUGCUGGCUAAGCGCUUCUCAGGUUGCACGCUAGCCGAUGGGACGGUGCAGAAGAAGCCAGAGCUGCCGCCUCCCUCUAUGAACCCAUUUCUGGAUGAUGAACCUGGGACGGAGACGGAUGAAACCAUGAUGGAGAAAAGUGAUAUAGACAGACCAAAGAAGCCAAAGGUCCCAGACAACCCAUUUCACGGCAUCGUUUCCAAGUGCUUUGAACCUCACCUGUAUGUGUAUAUUGAGUCCCAGGACAAAAAUCUCAGCGAGCUGAUUGACAGGUUUGUGGCUGAUUUCAAGGCCCAGGGUCCUCCCAAGCCCAACGUGGAUGAGGGGGGAGCUGUCCUGCCCAGCUGUGCUGACCUCUUUGUUUAUUACAAGAAGUGCAUGGUGCAGUGUUCGCAGCUCAGCACGGGCGAGCCCAUGAUUGCACUGACCACCAUCUUCCAGAAGUACCUCCGGGAAUACGCCUGGAAAAUUCUCUCUGGAAAUCUGCCCAAAACAACCAGCAGCAGCGGUGGGCUGACCAUCACGAGUCUGCUGAAAGAGAAGGAGGGCUCGGAAGUGGCGAAGUUCACUUUGGAAGAGCUCUGCCUGAUCUGCAGCAUCCUGAGCACGGCAGAGUACUGUCUGGCCACAACCCAACAGCUUGAAGAAAAGCUCAAAGAAAAGGUGGAUGCAAGUCUCAUGGAAAGGAUCAACCUGACGGGGGAGAUGGACACCUUCAGCAUUGUGAUCUCAAACAGCAUACAGCUGUUGGUGCAAGACUUGGAUGCAGCCUGCGACCCGGCGCUUACAGCUAUGAGCAAGAUGCAGUGGCAGAACGUGGAACAUGUUGGUGACCAGAGUCCAUACGUCACUUCGGUUAUUCUUCACAUUAAGCAGAACGUCCCCAUCAUCCGUGACAACCUGGCAUCCACAAGAAAGUACUUCACCCAGUUCUGCAUUAAAUUUGCAAACUCCUUCAUUCCCAAGUUCAUCAACCACCUAUUCAAGUGCAAACCAAUUAGCAUGGUGGGAGCAGAACAGCUCCUGCUGGAUACUCACUCUCUGAAGAUGGUCCUCUUGGAUCUGCCUUCCAUCGGGUCCCAAGUGGUGAGGAAAGCACCUGCCAGCUACACCAAGAUCGUCGUGAAGGGCAUGACUCGGGCAGAGAUGAUCCUGAAGGUGGUCAUGGCGCCCCACGAGCCCCCGGUCGUGUUUGUUGACAAUUACAUCAAGCUCCUCGCCGACUGCAGCACAGACACGUUCCAGAAGAUACUGGACAUGAAGGGCCUAAAGAGAAGCGAGCAGAGCAGCAUGCUGGAGCUGUUCCGCCAGAGGCUCCCCGCCCCUCCCUCGGGGAUGGAGAACCCCAGCUCCAUCUCUCUGACAGCACCGACGCCUGAGCAGGAGUCCUCCCGCAUACGGAAGCUGGAGAAGCUCAUCAAGAAGAGACUGUAGGCCAGUGGAGGAAGCAUCUGUUGGCCCUGCGGCUGCUUUCUGUCCCCUGCACAGCGCCUCAGGCCUCCCCUUGUCUUACACUACAUUGCCGAAACGUAGAAGUUCGGUUGGUUGGCUCCAUGCAGCUGGGGGUGGAAAGGCGGCGUGAAGCAGGGUGGAGUGAGUGACACUGGGGACGGUGGGCAGAUUCACCUGCUCAACCUGGAGCAUUCGUAGCUCACAAUCAGAGACCGUGGCAGAGCCUGGAGGGUAGGAUACAGUUGGAGUGGAUCAUCUGCCCUACCCCCCAGGGUUUGGCCACUCCUCCAGCAUCAAGCUGCAGUUCCCACUUAGACCUUCCCCCAUGGCCUGUUUGACUCUAUCCUGAAAAUGUCAGGACACCUCUUGCUCCCUAGCAUGCAGCUGCUUGUUUAUUGAAAAGCAAGAUGCAGAGAUGCCCCUAACAGCUGGGAUUCUGGCAUCUGCAACUUAACUGAACCUGAAGCGAGAUGCCCACGUGCCCCUCUUGUGAUCUGAGGGCUGGCACAGGGCAUAAACUAGCGAGGAGGAUCCUCCUCCCUGGGGAGCAAGGCUCGAGCCAGUUUACAGUGAACAUGCCAGCAGUCUCUGCUGCAGCUUUGAGGCCAAGUUCUCCAUCUGCAGCUUCUUGUUGUCUCCUGCAUGCAGGGCUCCUCCGCUCUCCCUUCUGGGAAUUCCCACGCUGUACCUGUCUCCUUCCCCCACUAAGGGCUGGAACAAGCCAACUGUCCGGCAGAACCGUCUUCCCGUGCUCUUGGCCGCCUGUUUCAUUCCAGGCUGUGGGUGUGCUCCCUUGGCGCCGUCGCUGCCCUGCAGGGAGAGCUACUAGAAAUGGGAGUUGUAAUUAGAAGCCUGCCGCUGCCAGGGUUUGUUGGCAGGGUGGAGCUCGCUCUCCAGAUUUAAACCGGAAGGGCCCCGCUCCUAAUGCUAGCCCUGCCGUAACUGGACAGAGCAGGCUGUUGGAUUGGGGCCAGCCUAAGGGAGAGGAGGAUUAGACUCUAAAUAUCCAAGCCCAGGCUGUUUUUCAGCAACUUUUGGAGUCAGAGCACUAGCUGAUCUCAGAGGGAGCGGGCAGGUGGGUGGAGCACAAGGCCAAAACAUUAGCAGGGAAGAACUGCUCUACUUUUCAGGGGAUCCAUAAGCGAGAGACCCAGUCACGUUGUUACUGCCCCUGGAUCUCUCCCUAACCUCCCCUGUGCCUUUUUCUUGUCACCCUAAAGGCGUUUCCCAGCUGAGCUGAUGUGACAAGACCACAUGGAUUUCCAUGGCCAAAGAAUCCUUGUGCACCUUCCUGGCUGUAAUCCAUUUUCCCUCUGUCCGGUGGGAUGGGUGGUUGCUGCAGCUGGCUGGCGGCUGCCUCGGGAGAGUCGCACUCCGUGGCACACUUGGGUUUCUCUUUGUGGCAGUACUGCUGUGGGGGCUGCUGUACAGACAGGCUUUCAGUGUUCACAGCUGCAGUUCAAGGGCAUAGAGCUCACCUGAGGCAGGGGCAUGAGGGGCACGCACUCCAGAUCAAGCACGGGUUCAUUUUAACUGAACUUUGCUCAUACAAACCCGCAAAGUCUCAGUGAAACUCACAUUCCCCCUUGCACCGUCACACUUCAUCCCUCUUCCCCUUCUGAGAAGUUUUGCUUUUAAGGCUGAAAAUCUGGCCUAAUGCCGGGCUUCCUGGCCAUCUUCUUGUUGUGUCCCGCCCCUCCCCAUUUCUCCCACGUGCACAGAGGUGGGGGAUCCGUGGCUGGCCCAGGGAUGGGUCUGGUGUCUGUGCCAGCUGCUGAGGGCUUGCUGAUGUUGACUGGGAGAGCAAAAGCAGUUAAUAGGGGGGGGUGUCUGGGUUCUGCACUAAUUAAGCAAGUGAUCUGCUGAAAGAGCCAGCCAGUGACCUAAAGCUGAGCUGCAGUUUGGCGUCCAGCUGCACCUGCUUCUAGUCAUUCGCUCUGACCAUUGUUUGCCACCGUCUGCACUUUUGGGUUUCUUUUCUGCGGACCUGUUUGCUGGGCCCCUACCUGAAGCCAGCCGUUCUCGUCACCGAGCACUAGCACUCCUCAUCUCAUCGCUGAAACCUUUCACUAACGCUCAAGCACUGAACAGAUGUGAUAUGUCUGCUCCAGACCUGCCGUGCUUCCUUCGUCCUGUGCACUUGCACCCUACAGGGGAGCAAACUGCUGGCAUUCCUUUGGUCUCAGCAGCUGGUAUACAUGGGUGCGCUGUGCUGGAGGCACUUCUUCCUUGUGUAGGCUUUGCAAGGUUUUCUGGAGCACGGUUCUCAGUUUGAUGCGAGGACUUGGAAAAGGUUCCAUAAUUGUCCUUCAUUUCCUUUUGGACUUGGGAAGUGUCGCUCCCCUUUGAUUGCACGCCAGCUUGGAAUAGCUCUGUCAGAAAAGGAACUUUGGCCGCUUCAUUUAAUUAGCAGAUAAAAUCUCAAUCUCUGCUUUAAAGGAAAGAAAACUGACAUUUUUGGGUCCUCUGCUUGGGGGAUAACAUGGACCUGGCUUCAGAGGGUGGCUGCUCGGUAGCUUCAGAAAGCUCAGGCACCUGGGAUGAUUCAGGUUGCAAAUCAGAAACAAGCACCCAAUCCCUUCCCCAGGUACCCUUACCCCCACUUAUCCCCCAGACUUCCCUUACCAACAAGGCGGGGGUGGGAGAGUCCAUUUUGUACCCAGGUUGGUGGUGAUUUUGCAAGAUGAAUACAUCAGUCUUUGUUCUGCUUGUAAAAGCUUACAGAAGAUAGAGUUAGUCAGCUAGUGGUUACAUGCCCUUGCUGGUCACUCUGAUCACUACUGCUGACCUAAGAUCUGACGCUUACAUGAUGUGUGCAGCACUGGGAUGCGUGCAUGAAAAUCGUUAACACUAAGAAACCUCUGUAGAAUCGUCCCACCCGGAUGGCUCUGGGUCGGGUGUGCUGGGAGCCCUGGCUUAGACAAGUGGCUGUCUACAGUAGGGCUCCCACACUGCUGUACCAUUUUUUGGAAACAUGGCAAAGAGGGGUGACAGCGGGCCCUGGUUACACGAACGUCUGAACCGCCUCGGGCAGCAUUGCUGGUUCGCGGCAUUGCCCCAAGGUGCCUUUUCUUGUGUUCUAGCUCAUCUUCCCAGGGAGCUGUCCAUUCACUUGGAACAGAGCAGUUGACAAAAGGCAGCCCAAGAAAGGAGGAUGUGAAUGUGCCUCCCAUUUAUAGCCAGCCCUUCCUGAAGAACAGAUAACCCCGAGGGGCGUUUGCAGGGCAAGGUAUUAAUUUAUGAGAGACCGCCAAAUGCAGUGACCAUUACAGAUGGACGUAAGGGAUGUGCAUCGGGUCAGUUCCUACUUGCUGGACUAAAAACAUGUUUCAGGAUAUUUGUUCCCUCGCAGUGACUAUUAGCAGUAGUUGUGGCCAGCUCUGUGAAUCUCUUGUGAAUGGUUGGGGACCAACUGCAAACGGUUUUUGCAUUUCUUUCUCUGGAAGACUCCGGUUUAAUUCUCUGCAUGUCAAAGUUGUAAAGAUAGCAGGGGAGAGAAAGAAAGGUUCAAAUGAAAAGCCAAUCUUAAAAAAAAACAAAAAAAAAGUUCUGAUUGUGGGUGGGUUGAACUGUACCUUGUAAAAGCCGUGCUUGCAUUUUUCUACUUUGAUCUGAAAUGUUCUUCCUUUGUUCUUGUGUAUUUAUCGCACUGGGUGCUUUGGGAAGCAGAAACGCAAGAUGCUUGAGUUGCACAUGUUCUGAAGAUAACGGAAAUGCGUUUCUGUACAAAAUGCUUUCUGCCCGGGAAAUAAUUUCUGUGUGUAUGUCAGAACGUGACACUACAGCUAAUUAAAACAUUACUCAUAGCUGUGUUUUGCAUGUGGUUUUUAACAGCUGAUGGGGCAAAUUGGGUUGAAGUGGUUCUGUGGCAGGAAGCUGAAACCCUCUGCACUCUCGCGCACACGCAUUGCAGCUUUUGUCCUGAGGGUUUUUGACCAUGAAGAAAUUAUAUCGCGGUCUUAGUGGAUGCAUUCUCCAUGGACUGUUGUCUGAUGUGUUUAUUCCUCUUGUCAGGGCUCAGAUGAUAUAGUAAGACACAUGUGGCCUUGUAAACUUGUAUAAUAAACCUUGCUUUUCUCCUUUA